GGGGCGCCUCCUCCUCCUCCUCCUCCUUCCCUCCCUAAGGUAAAGGUAGGUAGCAGUGAAUCUUCUCCUCGUCUCAUGGAUUUAUUGAACCGGUAUCCUUGUUCGAAAUUAGAGGUCUCUGUUCUCGACGAAUAUUAGUCAUCACAGGGAAUACUCUAAAGAGAAUACGAGUCGUCAUGUUGUGCUUGGUGAAAUCAAAGACAUGGAUUUUGAUUAGGUAAGGAUUGAAGAUGAGCACAAGCACAUUGGAUGCAACGAGAGCAGAGCUUGGUCUCCUAGUUUUAUACCUGAAUAAAGCUGAAGCGAGAGAUAAGAUUUGUAGGGCUAUCCAGUAUGGGUCAAAGUACUUGAGUGAUGGAAAGCCUGGCACUGCACAGAAUGUUGAUAAAACAACCAGUUUGGCACGAAAAGUUUUUCGGCUUUUUAAGUUUGUUAAUGAUCUGCACGCUCUAAUAAGUCCAACUUCCUCUGGAUCUCCUCUUCCCCUAAUUUUACUAGGAAAGUCCAAGAAUGCACUAUUGUCAACCUUCUUUUUCCUGGAUCAAAUUGUAUGGGCAGGCAGAACGGGGAUAUACAAGAACAAAGAACGUGCAGAACUGAUCGGCAGGAUAUCUCUUUUUUGUUGGAUGGGCUCCUCAGUGUGCACAGCGUUGCUCGAGCUAGGAGAAUUGGGAAGGUUAUCUGCUUCGAUGAAGAAGUUGGAGAAGGAGCUGAAGCAAGCUGAUAAAUACAAAGAAGAGCAAUAUCUUGCUAAGCUCAAACAGUCAAAUGAAAGGCUGCUAUCUCUGAUUAAGGCUUCUAUGGAUAUUGUGGUGGCAAUUGGACUGCUUCAGUUGGCACCAAAGAAGGUCACUCCACGAGUCACAGGAGCAUUUGGAUUCGUCACUUCACUUAUUUCCUGCUAUCAGUUGCUUCCUGCAUCACGCACAAAGACAAAGAUGACUUGAAUGUGAUUAUCCUCGAGACUCUUGGUUAGAGCAACACUAAGAAGUACUGGUGGCUUAGAUUGGAGGAUGAUAAUGCAAAGUUCAGCAGAUAUAGCUGAAUGUAAUGUUGCCAGGUUAACUCGAACAAUAUAUGAUACUGAAGUACAAUAUAUUGAAUCUCCAUUGUCAAAGCAUACUGCUAUAUGACAUUGCUUAAAAUUGGUAAGCAACAUAAGAUGAUACUUGCAGUA